UGCAAAAGUCAAACUAUUUUUGUUUAUUUUCUUCAUUUCAAGAUGAAAUUGUGAUUUUCGUGAAGAAAAUAAUUGUUUUGAUAAUGAAAAAUGUCCUUUUUCUAUUUGAAUGCAGUGAAAGGCGAUAUACCAGUACAUUUAUUAGAAGAAAUUGCUUUGGAAAGAUUGCGUUAUUUGCAAGCGAUUUUGAAGAACGACCAAAUAACCUAUUACAAUGAAUAUUUGAUCGAAGGAAGCAUUUACGAUAAUAUAGGACAUUUCGUGCUGUGUAUUGUUUGUAUCAUGUGUAAGGAAACCGAGUUUACUCGUUUCCUUUUGAAGUCUGAACAAGAGUUGUUUAGACGUCGUUUAUCAGCUAUUUCUGCUUAUGAUUUGCGUAGUUUUUCAAAAAAACUACUCAGGAGUAUACGAAAACAAGAGUCUACGCCGGUGUACAUAGAUGCCCUCAAAAAAUUAUGUGAACACAUGACAGUAAAAGAUUUGGCGCAGCAUGUUUGUUCACCAACACACAGUGUACAGUGCUCAGUACACAAAAUUAGUCUCCCUUUUAGACAUUGUCUUUCAUUUAUAGCUAAAAGACAAGUGGAACUUCAAAAUGGCAUAGCUUUUAUCACUUGUGGAAGAUGGAAACAAUUUUUGAUAUUAUUAUUUUGUACUAAUUUAAAUGAAAGACUGUUUAAAACUAAGAUAGGAGCUCUAGAAAUUGAUCCAAGAAUAUCUGAACUAAUGUUAAAAGUCAAGAGAGAAAUAAGGCCUUUGUUAAGUAGCAAAUAUGAUACAAAUGUUUUACUUAGUAAGAAUGUUGACAGUGUAUCAUCACUGUUCCCUCCUUGCAUGUUGAACUUGCAUCAGUGUUUACGUAAGAAACAUAGACUGUCCCACAUGCAGAGAUUCCACUAUAGUUUGUUUUUGAAAGACAUUGGAAUGCCUAUAGAUGAAGCUGUAGACUUUUGGAGGUCAGAAUACAGGCAGAGUCCAAAUGGAAAUCAUAGUUGCUGCCACAACUGGGAGAAAGAUGAGAAGAAAUAUUUAUAUGGGAUAAGACACAUGUAUGGUCUGGAGGGCUGUAGAAAGAACUACAACUCGGUCAAUUGUAGAAUAAUACAAGGUGUGGACAAUGCUUGUUCUGAAGGAGGCUGCCCAUUCAAAGUAUUUGAGUCAAGUAGAAUGGCCCAGAUUUUAGACAUUUCGGACCAUGAUCCUGUGUUAACACAAAUAAAUGAGCUCAAAAGAAAACAACAAUAUUCAUCUGCUUGUAUUCUUUAUUUGAGAAACAAGUGUAUGAACACAUCUGCCAACUGUGAUAUUCAAAAUGCCAGCUUUAACUUUACACCUGUCAAGUAUUAUAAUAUUAAUGCACUUAAUAAAAAUAACUGUUUAUAAC